GGGGUGGUGUGUGUGUGCAGGUGACGGUAGGUGUGAGCCUCGGAAGGGAUGGGAUGGGAUGAGUUGGGUUCUUCAGAUAGCAGUCAAUUAGUGAUUUUGUGUGCGAAGGUGUGGAUUUCUAUCGAUGUAGAUGCGUAUACUUCCAGGAAGUGUUGUUUGUUUGUUGGUUGGUUGGUUGGGUUGGGUUGAGCGGAGCAAGGGAGUUUGCGGUUGCGAACUCGGGCUUUUGCUGUUAGUUUUUGCAAGCGGAGGAGACCAGGGUGUGGAUGGCUAGCUAGCUCAUGGUAUUGCAGCUCCCCGACGUGAUUGGGCAACGUUAUGUUCCAGUAGUGUGUUAACUCAGGACGUUGAUUUCAAUCCCUGCUCGAGAUCAACCCGACUGCUUCACGGCACCAGGGCUAGCAAGUUCUUCGUUCCUUAGGCAUAGCAUUGUAAAACUUCAAGAAGCUUGUCCAUGGUUAGAUCUAAACCGUUCACUAUCACGAUGCAACGUUGACAAACGAAUGGGAGUGGCUGAUAAUUGACUUAAGGCCAAAUCUAGGCCGCAAAAUCAGUAUUCAUUUUGUCGCCUACGAUAUCUCAUAACUUGAUAAGCGAGCCUCACUUCACAGUAGGCAUAAUGAACUCUCUCAAAGGCAUGUCGGAUAAAUCCGACAAAAAAGACGAGAAGAAAAGUGGAGUCACAGACAUGGGAGCAUGGGCUAUGAACAUCAUCAGUUCUGUUGGGAUCAUCAUGGCGAACAAGCAGGUUAUGUCCAGAUCGGGCUACAACUAUAGAUUUGCAACUAGUUUGACAGCAUUUCACUUCAGUGUAACGGCAGGAGUGGGAUACCUGUCUUCUGCUUUAGGGUACUCUGUGUCGAAGCAUGUACCCUUCAAUGACUUAUUUUUGUUCUCGUUGGUGUCGAAUACAUCGAUUGUUGGGAUGAAUUUAAGUCUGAUGCUGAACUCAGUCGGUUUCUACCAGAUUGCGAAAUUGAGCAUGAUACCAACCGUAUGCGUGUUGGAAUGGUUGCUACAUGGCAAGACUUACACGAGAGAAAUGAAAAUAUCGGUUUUUGUUGUGAUGAUCGGGGUUGGUGUGUGCACGGUGACAGACGUGAAUGUGAACUUUAAAGGGUUCAUGGCAGCGUUAAUAGCAGUGCUCUCCACUUCGCUUCAGCAAAUUUAUAUUGGCGCGUUACAAAAGAAGCACAGCUGUGGUUCAUUCGAGCUGUUGAGCAAGACAGCACCUAUUCAGGCAGCAUCACUGUUGUUGAUAGGACCAUUCGUGGAUUACAUGCUGAUCGGAGAGAAUCUGCUAAGUUACAGUUACUCCACGGGAGCUAUUGAAUCGACUGGGCAGGAACACAUUGCACGCUUGGAUACUAACACGUUCUUUUUGUUUUUGUGGUGGUGUUGGUUUUUCUUUCUUUCGUUAUUUAUUUCUCUUUUCUACACAGCUCUUCAUAUUGUUAUCGUGCACACUUGCUGUUUUCUGCAAUGUGAGUCAAUACUUGUGCAUUGGAAGAUUCUCAGCUGUGACAUUCCAGGUGUUGGGACACAUGAAGACUGUGUGCGUGCUGCUCUUGGGAUGGGUUCUCUUCGACUCUGCAUUGACCGGGAAGAACAUGAUGGGCAUGUUCAUGGCUGUGGUAGGUAUGAUCACGUACAGUUGGGCCGUGGAAGUGGCUAAGGCUACAGCAGCUAAGAUGGCCAUCACUAAAGCGAAGGAACCGUCCUUCAGAGAGGAAGAUGUGUCUCUUUUGAAAACUGGCGCUGACCUAGAAUAUGGGAAAUCGGACAAGGAAUGAGAUGGAGUCUGAGGUGCUGCAUGGCUACACGCCAGUGUCAUUGACACUACCACGAGGCAUGGCUUCCGAUUGAAUGAGAGUAUCAAGUCUCAGUGUUAAAAUGACUGUCUUUUCAAGAGUAUUCUUAUGUAGGCAUAUUUCUGGUGUCAUAGAGCACGGUCAUCAUGCUCGUCAGCUGAAACUGAAAGAGCUUUAGAGUACAUGUACUCAUAUUGAGAGGUUAAAUUUACUCACCGAUAGUGAGUGAGUGCCAAUGGGAUCUUUCCGUGUCCCACAGUAUUUGAAUUCACGGUACUAAGACGAGGUUGGUGUAACACUUAAAGCUUUUGGAGCGUAGGCCAGGCCCCUCAUACGAGAUGUAAUUGUAAUCGAGGUUAGAUGGGACGGUGAAACACGCUUGGACAUAGGAGAAGCACAAGCUACCUAAUUCAUUGUUUUACGUUUUCAUUUAUUCAUGAGAUGAUUUCAUGCUGAAGUACACACUUAUCAUGAUUUUUGGUGUUA